UGCCAUCCUGCGAGUAAUGUCCCUACUAGGAGGUCGAUGCUGUACUGUCAGUAGGCUGUAACAUUUUUUUCCUUCUAUGAGAAUUACGUGCAAUUUCACUGUAUCAUAAGGUAUGCCGCUAUGGCAUCUGGUCAGAACCAGAUGGGCCACGAAGGCAGUCGCGUCCCACACAAGGUGUUUAUCCAACGAGAUUAUACGGAAGGCACACUGGUGAAGUUUCAGACAAAGUUUCCUCAGGAACUUGAAGGCCUGAUCGAUAGGCACAUCUUCGAUCAGACGGUAACCACGAUCAACAACAUAUACUCGGAAGCAGAAAAGAUGAGCAGCAAGACUUUCUGCGAAGGUUUCACUGCGUGCUUGACUGCGUAUCUUCUCUACUUAUGCAUGGAGACGCAUUAUGAAAAGUACUUGAAGCAGGCAGCUGCAUACAUUGAAGAACAGAACGAGACCGUGUACGUUCCCAGGGGCCUCCUCAUCACAGAUCCUAUUGAGCGGGGCCUCAGGGUCAUUGAGAUCAGCAUCUUGAGCGACGCUCGUUCUUGAUCCCAUGGGCCACGGGUAUCCACCGUCUCCCCCUUGUUUGGCUUGGCUGGUUUUGUUCCCAGCCUCCCCGAGCGCACAAAGAGCCAACCACCACUCAGUGCCAGGAAUCUCGCUAAAUGGAGAGGAGGAACAAUGGGUUUUUAACUCUACUCAAAGCAGGUCUAGAGCCGUGCAUUUAAUAAAGUGGAGGACAAACUGA